AAAAAAUGGAUAAAGGGAUGCAAGAAUUAUUGAGUAUGGUAUACCAAAGUCAAUCAAUUCCUCUUACGAAAUCAGAGUUGGAGACUUAUCUUGAGGAAAAUCUUUUUAUUCCUUCUUCUUCUUCACCCUUUUGUGCCUUGGCGUGGUGGAAAAAUAAUAGUCCAAAGUUUAAAGUUUUAUCAAAGAUGGCUUCUAAUAUACUAGCUGUUCCUAUUUCAAGUGUGGCAUCUGAAUCUACAUUUAGUGCUGGGGGAAGGGUGAUUGAUGAAUAUCGUGCUAGCUUAAAUGAGCAAUCUAUUGAAGCUCCUAUUUGUGGUGGGGAUUGGCUUCGUAACAAGUAUGGGCUGAAGAAAAAAUCAAAGGAGAAUUCUGGACAAGAGGAGAUUAUGUUGAAGCCAUGACUUUUUCAUUUUAUGUUUGAAUAUUAUUAAGUAUAAUGUUUGUAUGUUUGUAUUGUGG